UUCCACCUUACAUGAUGUGUUUAAUAAUGGCAGAUCGUCGCUGAACACAACUAUGCACGAUUUGACUCAGAUAUCUGCUCGCGGCAAUAGUAUUAACAUAACACCGAGCAUGCUUUCAUCUCAACCCGGAUAUUCGGGUAGUCCCCCUAACAUUUUUGGUCAUGAUGGAACUAUCUUGGAAGUAUGCCCAACAAUUGGUGAUGCAACGAUUACAUCAUUUAAUAGUGUUGAAUCAAACUCCCAUUUUAUGAAUGGAGCACUCGUGGACUCAGAUGUUUCAUCAUUUGGAUUUUUGGGGCAUAUUUCUAGAAACUUCAGUGUUCCAGAUCUGACUGCUGAUCUUCUUCAGAGUUCUGGUUGAACAACACCCCUAAAAUGAAGUGUCUAUACAUAGAAGUUUAGAAGUUUAGCAGUUUGACAGACUAUGAAAAUCCAACUCUUCGGUGAACGUGUGUAUAGGAAUUCACUAACCAUAAUAUGCAGUGAAAGGAAAUUAAAUUUGAAAGGGUUUAUAUGUACUUAAAAAAUAAUGAAUCUCUCUUAUUUUGGUUUUUUCUUUCAUCCUGUGUCCAUUCGGGUAUAUAGUGGUUCUUACUACUUUGUUUAUAUACCAGCUUUAUUGU